AUGCCUCUGUGCUCCAGCACACCAGCUGGAAGUCCCGAGACAACUGGGCCAAUGAUCCUUGCAAAGGGUGUAGCUGCUGCUGGUGCUGAGCGUAACGAACAACUGAAAAAACACGAGCCCGAUAUCCCAAGCACAAGUGACCAGACAGCAACGGCAGUGACCACCGGUCAGAAAGCAGGACCAGUUGCAAUUCGCCGUACCACAACAGUCGCCGCGUCAACUGCCAAAAUAUUCUUUUCACUGCUUUUAUUCUGGCUUCUCCUUGCUGCCGUCGCUAUUGCUUUAUUUGAGCACGAUUCGCCAUGGCGCAAUACGAUACCGGCAUUGGAUUCGGUGCGACACGCGUUAUACGAGCCGCUACGGUACCAUAUUCUGGCACUCUAUGCUCGCCUGGGCCGUCAUUGA